AUGAAUGCUUCAUUGGUAAUUUCUAAAAAGCAAGAAAUACAUGAAGAACAAAAAGUUGUAAAAUCAAACACUGAAUAUUUUCAAUUACAAGAAUCUACUGAGUUUUCAAACAAUGAAAGUAUUGAAACUCUAUCUGAUGAAGAAAGUAAAUCUGAUACUAGUGAAAAUCUGUCCCAAAAUUUUAAAUCUAUCCCAGAUGGAUAUAGACCUUUAUCAAAAACAAGCACAAAAGUUAUUCGAAAUUGUCAAAAACAAACUUGUAAUACACUUUGUAAUACAGGUGGAUCAACAGAAAAUAUGUGGGAUCAUCUUUCAAGUAUACAUGGCAUUACUAAAGAUUCAAAUUUAAAAUCAAAAGAUCAACCAAAAAUCAGUGUUAUGUUUAAACCUUCAGCUACUAAUUUAAAGUGCCAAACAAAACAAAAUCAAUCUUUAGUUGAAUGGAUUAUUGAUAGUACACAAGCAUUAAGAGUUGUAGAAUCAGAAAAAUUUAAACAAGAUUUGUAUAAUGAAAAUUCUUUAUUGUAUAAUUCACCAGACUUGGAAAACUCAGAUAUGGCUUUUGAUGAUGAAAUUGACGAAGAAGAUAAUGAGUUU